AUGCUUGAUAAAGAAAUUAAUUUGCAGAAGUGAAACAGUCGCAGCCGCAAACAGAAGCGAAAUAGCUUGAAGCGAUAGGAAUUUUGUACUUUUAUACAGCGCCACAAAGAAGCCACAGAAUGACCGAUCUGCGCAACGAGAUGGACAGCGAUCUGGACCAGAACUACUCCCUGAACAGCAAUGCGGACCCCAAGAACAUGCAGGAGCUGACCAUAUACGUACAAAAUCUGUUGCAGAACGUUCAGGACAAGUUCCAGACGAUGUCGGACCAGAUAAUAACGCGCAUCGAUGACAUGGGCAACCGCAUCGACGAUCUGGAGAAGAGCAUUGCGGAUCUGAUGAACCAGGCCGGGAUCGAGGGUCAGGGCCCGGAGAAAUGAGAUCCGUAGCGCUGGUCCGGCCACGCCCAUCCGGAAACUGCAUCCCAAUACCAUUAGAUACAUACAUCGAACACCUGGCACCCAGUCAACCGUAUCAAGUUUACAAUUCCAGGCUCUCACAUUCAUUUAAUCUCCUCCGCACCCAGCUGCUCCAAAAAACACAUUUGCUCAUCCAUUUAUUGCAUAGUUUUAAGUUUCGCCCGCUCGGGGCACAUCAUAAUUUAAGUAAAGUAAUUCUUUUGUGAGCAAUGGCCAAUAAUUUUGAAUUAUUGCCGUUUAGUUUCUAUUUAUAAAUUAAAAAUUCGAGAAUUGUAAAUUCCCU